GUCAACCACUACUUGGCACGAAUGCCACCCGGAUCUGGGCUGUUGAUUGCAUGUUUUGCUUGUUUGCACCCGCUUACGUUGCCUUGUAUCGUGUGUAACGCGACUACACGUCUUUUAUUAAACCAAAGAAUGGUUUAAUCACAAGCAAAAAUGAACCGAUCACGUUAAUUGAGUUCAGUUGUUGACGUGCCACGGGAGCAGAGAAGUCACCGUGCGUCGAUCAGUCAUCCGCCGGGAGCUCACGGUAGAAACAUCCCCGCGCUGUCCGCUCAGCUCAAGCAGAGAUGUUCGGUGCGUGUGUCGUGUUGUUGUCUGUUGCUUUGAUGGGGGUUUUGGGAGAGCACAGUCAACCGUUCUUUGAUCCCGAUUGUUUCAGCAGUGACUGCUCGUGGUCGUGGGAUACUCCAACCCCUGGCCACCAGUUUUGUGAAAGAAUCAUCUACAACAACUCGUUGAUCAAUGUUUGUCCAAACCCAUUCGACCCCCCUGCUGAUCAGAACGAGAGGCCUGCAAAAGCCCAAGAGGUGGUGGUUACGGACUUCAACAAAUUAUUCAGGUCGUCAGAGGAUCCAGGGAAAUUUGAGCAGUACACUUGUUUGAACAUCACAUACAAGAUCCUUAAAAAUGCUGCAGACAAAGUUAAGGGGCUACAGCUCUCCGUUCUAGGGACAGAUCAGCCAGAUCAGAACCGAAACUACUGCCUCAACCUGAACUUCACCGAUCAAGGUUUGGACUUCUAUGCCGUAGAAGACCGUGUGUUCUCCAUGGAGUGUUUUUGCGGCUUAAAGCCUGGCAGUCAGUACCUGUACACUGUUCGCACAUUGCCAGUGGACCCUAACCCUGUGGAUGAAGACGAUACUAAAGUUCAGGACUAUCAUAGACCGCCAAAUUGCGAUGAUCCAAGCAAAACUGACGAUGUCCGAUGUCAGAGAAGUAUAGAAGCUCGGUGGUCUCCGGAUUGUUUUGGUGCGGAUCAACUGAUCACUAGCGGUGAAUAUGACAAUCUGGAGGUCAAAUUUGACGUGGCUCCAAUGAACUAUAACUUCGACUAUUACAGGAUAUUCAUCUACGAAUACGUGCCAAAUUCUCCCACCCUGAUUGGUGGGCCCUCAAAACUCUGGACUGAGGUUGACAGGGAUGAUGCUGCUGACGGGAUGUGUUCACAGGACAUUGUUUCAAUGUUAGUGCACAAGUUUAACAUCUCCGCUUUGGUGAAGAGCCCAGAUACUGAGUACAUUGCUAAGGUUCAGCCCAGACCAUCCGAAAAUCAGUGCCUGGAUGCAGAAGGGGCAACAACAUCCUGCACAACUACAAACAGUCUGCCAUUCAGUCUCAUAGCUGAUCCAUGUAAGAGGAAUCUGUGCGGGGAAGCGGGCCAGUGUCGAUCGCAGGAGGCAAGCUACAGUUGUGAAUGCGAUCAGGGGUACAUGGAAUGGAGCCAAACAUGUGUUGUGGACCCCUGCAUGGUUCUGGCUGAGAAUGGACAGGAUUGGUUGCCCCGAUGUGAAAAUGGAGAGUGCCAGUACGAUCACAUGUCUAUCCAGAUAGACUAUUACUGUAAUUGCAACGAGGGUUUCGAUUAUCUGAAAACGCCGAAGACAUGUGUGGCUAAUCCAUGCACUGAUAGCGAGGAGACAGGAUUGACGGUCUGCGGGGCCCAUGGACAAUGUGAGAAGAAUCUGACCGAUGACCAAGUCAGCCAUAAAUGCAUCUGCGAUGAAGGCUACACAUUUGAAGAUGGAGAAUGCCAAGAGGGAAUGUCGGUUGGCAUUAUCAUCGGCAUAGGGAUAGCCAGCUGUGUGGUAGGACUGCUCCUAUUUGUCUUGGCCUUCUGUUUGUAUCGCCAUCAUAGAAACCAACCCGGUGACCCACGCGAGUUCAGACCACCAGGUCCAGGACCAAGGGGGCAGCCGGAUCAAUAUCGUUACCGACGCGUCCUGCCAAUUUACUCCGAGGACCACCCGCACCAUAAGGAAGUCAUUCACUGCUUCUGCCGAUUCCUGAAGGAGCACUGCAAGUGUGACGUAAGGUUGAUGGAUUGGCAGAAGUCCGUGAGUCCUACCGUCGGGAUGUGGCUGGCUGCCGAGAUCGACAAAGCUGACAUAGUCCUCUUGAUCUGCUCAAAGGGGACCGGGAAAAAAUUCAAGGACAAGGCCCGACAGAAGAUGACCCCAAGCUCGGAUGGAGUCUAUGGCGAUGUCUUCAUCCAGGCGCUGACACUACUUGAUGCGUACUGCAGCACCGAUGAUGCCUGCGAGAAGUUUCUGGUUUGCUUCUUUGACUACUCCAGUGAGGAGGACAUUCCGAUGUCCUUCAAGCGUUUUGGCAAGUACCACCUGAUGAAGUGCAUGGAUUCCCUCUUUCUGAGGAUCCACGACAAAGUUAAGGAUAGUCCAAGUUCCAGCCGGCGCGUCAAGGAUCUAGAGGAGGCAAGCUAUGCGGAUCUAGACAUGGGGAAGCCACUACACGACGCCAUCGAGAACAUGAAGGAACAGAUCAAGAGGGAACCCAAGUGGUACAAGAAGUAUAACAAGGGCAACGGAACCACCAGAGAGACUUCCUUGGAGUACAACAACACCAGCCUAUCCCAGCAACCCCUGCUGAAUUCUUUGUCGCCUCAGAUCUCCACCGACUCGGCUUAUGACAGCACUGCCGCGGCUCAAAUCUCCGACGACUUCUUCAGGGACACUGCCUCUAGCGGAUGCAGCAGCACCGGAUCCGAUUAUGAGAUUUCGCUGAGGAAGUUCCAGUCUGUCCCGGUAAGUGACGUUGCCGUGGUGAUGCCGCCUCACCAUGACAAAGAUGUAGACGACCCGGCGACCCGCUUCUUCAGCGACGACAUACACCUGACCAUGAAUCCAGGGCCUGGAGAUCCUUUCCAAUCCAGCGACUUUUAUUCAGAUGUUCAGGUGGGUGAUGAUGUCACCACCAGGCAGGCUAGGGCCCAGUCAUCAUGUGUGUAAAACUGUAUCCCACUCACCCUUUGGCCAAGCUUAAUAUACACUUAUUUCUAGUGUAUAAUUCUAAUAUUUUACCCAGACAAAUCUAUAUUCAGAAGUGAUAUAAUGAAUAUUUUUCUUUAGAAAGCUUGUCAGUAUAUAUAUUUUGUACUUCUAUAUACAUGGAAUAAAGUUGGUAAAUCAAAUUUUGUAUAUUUGGGAAAAUGUAUUAAGAUUUUUAAAUGUAUACAGAACAGUAGUGAUAAUAAUUAUACAGAAUAGUUAUACAGAAAAGUAUUGAUUUGUAUAUUUCAGAAACAAUUUAAAAUGUGACUAUUUCAAGUGGCUGAAAUAUAUUUUCUUACAGGUUUUAAUAUAAAAAAAAGAGCAGCCACAGUAAAAGUUUAAUUGAGUCCUGUUUAUACGAUGUAGGCUAGCUACAAUGGAAAAGUGUUACAUAUUUUUGUCAAAAAAGCUACUUGUUGUUGUGUAUAGCUGUUUUUAUUACACCUCACCCACAGAUUCUGUGUCUUGAUUGGCCGACAGCGAGUCACAUGGUACUUUCUAUUUUUGCUAUCUU